GUGAACUCCCCACCCAAGUCACAACUUCUGGGGUGGAUUGGAUCGGAUAUACGGAAACGAGCGACGAAUUCUACCGCCGAGGCGAACAAAGCGUUGAAUUCCACGCUGGGUUCGGGGAAGGAGGGUACGACAAAAGACUAUUACACCCUCGACUGCGUAGUUUACUUGUUAAAACAUAUCGAGCUUCCACACACACAGUACGUCCGUCAGGCGGCUGGUGCCGGCGUACCCGUUGUGCGGCUUCCAGAUCGAAGAGAUCUACUUGCAUAUCUGAAGGGCGAGACCAAUACCGCCCCGAAUAUUGACCGUGCCGCUCCCGUUGACAUUUCCCUUAGAAGGCCUGUAGCCAAACGGCAACCGAGUGAUAUUCUUCCGCACUUGCGUCGAGAUGGAGCCGAUCUUGGCGAUUCAUUCGGACCGGAUGCCGAUGCUAAGCGGGCUCGGCUAAUUGUGGCUUCCAAUGCGGAGACGGAUGGUGCCAUCACCCCGGGUCAUGGAAAAUCGGUUCCCAUGGAUGAGGAAACGAUCGCCAGAGAGAAACGACUGUUGGCAGCCAAAUUAGAGACGUCAUUUAGCAAUCGCACAUCUACGUUCAUUCCACCGGAGCAAGUGAAAACCAGCUCCCUACCAGAGUCUAUACCGCUGGACAAGAUUCAGACAUGGCGUGCUAAGUUCAGGGCUAUCCAACAGCAGCGAAUUAAAACUGAUGAUAUCGAUCAAGUUUUGGAGUCUACGGCAGCGAGCCAAAAAGCCGACCAACUCACAGCCGCCACCGGAGCUGCCGCUUUGGCUCGCGGUCCACGACCCGGUCUGGCUGGAGAACAACAAACAAUCAUUCGGAUUGAUGACACAACCCACGUCCAGCCGUUCACAGAUGGAUCCAUACCGAGGACCGCCUUGGCUGCGGACGAAGUCGCCGUGCGACCAAUUAUAGCUCGGGAGCGGCGAUGGCGUACCCGGGUAACCGUACUCCAAAGUCAAGGAAAGACCUUUUAUGAGAAUAUCGUCCUUGGUAUUUUGCGGAAUGUGAUUCUGAAGGAGGACUCCAGUGGUGCCGAUUUGCGAAACCUAAACAAAUUCGGUUACCCCCUGGCCGCUGGUGGAGCGGCGCACAUGCUCUCUUCGUUCCCCCAACCACUGGCAGUUGGGGCUUCUUACCCGAAACCCGCCCCAGGUGCUACCAACUACACCAACACGGGCUCCGCUAUGGCCAUUAGCACUGGACAACCGGGCAUGUCCGUGGGCAAUUCCGCGAUUCCUCACCCCCAUUCCCACCACCAUCCGCAGAUGCACUACUCCAGGUACGACCAGGAACGAUUUGCCAGCGGCCGCGAAGAGACCGCCGGUUUUAGGAUCGAUACUAUGGCAACCUACCAUGGUAAGGCAUUGGCUGCCAUGGUCACAGGUGGGGGUAACGCUGCUGUGGGACCGGGCGGUGAUACACCAAAUCCUUCGGCGCCUCGCACUGCCAGUUACAGGACUCCUAGGGGCGGUGAGACUCCCCUUCCGCAUGAUGGUGGUGCAACUCGAGAUCCUCGUGCGUUGGGUUCGGGCGUACCCAUGACACCAUCUGCCACCCCAGAUCCCUAUCGCAACAGUCUCCGUUCUGUGACGGAUGCCCGCUUGGCCGCUCGAUCCAAGGCACGGUCCUCUCGAAUUCCUAUCAUUAUCAUUCCUGCAGCUCCCACGAGUCUCAUCACCAUGUACAAUGCCAGGGACAUCCUUCAGGAUCUAUGUUUUGUCACUUCGCAAGAAAAACAGGCAGCCGGUGUCCGUCGGGAAAAUGAAAUUCUGAUUCACCGCCAAAAAUCUGACGGUCGGAGUGUGCCCUAUCGGAUAAUUGACCAACCGAAUAAACUACAGCCGGACGAAUGGAACCGAGUUGUCGCGGUGUUUGUUCAAGGCCAGGCCUGGCAGUUCAAAGGUUGGCCAAUCGGCUCUGAUCCGGCCGUUAUAUUUUCCCUAGCUGACAAUGAUGAUGAUGAUGAUGAUGAUGAUGACUAG